AUGUCUGAGGCACCGUUGCCAUCUAGAAGACAUCAACGAUCUAACUCAUAUGACCGUGCAGUAUCCGGCAUGCAAUCAGGAAGCACAAUGCAGAAUUCAGCAACUGCAUCAGCUCGAACAGAACAAGAUAAUAUUUAUUUAAUCAAAUGGAUUGAUUUCAAUCAUGAGCGACUGCCUAUUCUUUUGCAAAAUGUUAAUGGCCCGUGUCCGUUACUUGCUAUUGUUAAUAUUCUUCUGCUCAGAAAACGAAUUCUUCUCCAUCCAACUGCGACCACAAUCGGAACAGAACGAGUUGUAGCAUUGCUUGCGGGAUACCUACUCCAAAUCGAUUCUACCAAACUACCAAAUAGAGAACAAGCGAAUUACGAACAAAAUAUUGAAGACACACUUGCUGUACUUCCUCAAUUUCUAACAGGAUUGGAUAUUAAUUUGAAAUUCAACGGUGUCGAUCAAUUUGAAUACACUCGAGAAUGUAUUAUAUUCGACUUACUUGGCAUUCAACUCUACCACGGAUGGAUUAUUGACCCACAGAAUAAGCAGUUGCAAGCGUUGAGAUUUUCAAGUUAUAAUCAACUAGUAGAGAAAAUGCUUCGACAAAAGCAUUCGGAUAACGAAAAUCUUUCUCGUGAAAGUUUGUUAAUCGAACAAUUUCUAGAAGAGGAUCGUUCACAGCUGACAUGCUACGGUAUUCUGAAAUUGAAUGAAACCAUGCAAGACAAUCAAUUAGCUGUCUUAUUUCGCAAUAAUCACUUCAAUGUAAUAUGGAAAAAUCAACAGCGACUACUUCUUCUUGUAUCUGAUCAAGGCUAUCUAAAUCAUCCAUCCAUUGUUUUCGAAACGUUGACUGAUACUGACAAUAACAGUGCAUUCACUGAUGGGUACGGACGAGCUUGGCAAAGGUCGACACCAACUAAUACCAGUCGCGAUCGAGAGCUAGCCAUCGCUAUUCAUAACGAUGAGCGUCAACGAUAUUAUCAAGAACAGCAAAGACAAGGAUAUUAUCGUGAGUCAAAUGUGAGGAAAUCAAAGAAAAAACAUCGUCAGCGUUCGUUGAAUGGCAACGAUUAUGGAGGUGAUUGUAUUUUAUUAUAA